AUGCCUAGCGCGACAGCAGCAAAGUCAUGGCGUGAAAUGGCGACAAGACCCGACACGCUUCCGGAUCACUUCGACGAACGCAUUGACCCAUCCGCCAUUUUCCUUCUUCCCCACAACCCAGACACAGGCGAACCCGGUGAAGUCUUCGUGACCGCCGGAAGGUCCGACAAUGGUGCAGCAGAGGACAGCCGUGCCAAAGGUGCAAGGGCAGGAGGUUACUACGAAAGCGGGACGGGCAAGGCGUGGAAAGUGAGGGACCCGAGUACGAAGGGAUACAGAAGGCCGGGACCACCUGUAAAAAGGAAGUCGGUCGAUGUGCCGGUCAGGCUCCUUGUCCCCGAAGAACUCCCCGCUAAGCGUGUACGGCGGACGCGCUUCAGCUUACCCCUCCUUCCGUUUGAAGACGAGAUCAUAGCCGAGGACGAACGUUUUCUUCGGCGAGGUAAGGCUGCUCGGCGCAAGUCCCUCGCUCCAAGCUCCAUACGACCGAAAGACGACCCUUUUAUAAUCGGCAACAGCGACGACAACGGCGCUGAUCCUGAUGCAGUGGAACCCAAGCUGAAACGGUCACGAAAGCGCAAGAGCGAUGCAGCCGACUUUCUACCCGAGCUGAGUAGCGCAGACCCGGCCUCCGGCACCUCGCGCACACGACGCAAAUCGGACCGUGUCGAGAAGGAACCACUAAGGAAAGAUAGACGGACGAAACGUCCACUGACUCCCUGGAAGGUUGUCAAGCCGUCGAGUGAGUCUGUCCAGCCACCUUUCCGGUUUGCGACGUGCAGACCACGAAUUUGGACGUCCAGUCACACCGAACUCCUCGAAGUCUUUCCGGCUCUCUCCACAGCCACGAACGACGUCUGGUGGGACGAAACAUCGCUCCCUACCCGUCCGGUCGUCGUUCUGCGCGGUCGGGCCUGGCACGGCGACGGCGUUCGCGAUUACCAGGCGCCCGUUCCGCCAGACGAACCUCAACCUUACACUACUGUCGAGAGAACGGCUUCUCCUUUUCGGCAACCACUGGUAAUUCGGAUACCGCCUGCUCAUGCACGACAUGAGUCUCCCUCGCCCCCCUCCGCCCCUGACGAGCCGCUCUCCCUUCGUCACCGACGUCUAUUACAACAACCGGAAGGUCUCACCCCAAUGACGGAAUCAUCGAGCCCCACGCUCACGCCGGUGCCUCUCAUGCAGGAAGGUCAGGACCCCGGCGGUGCACGCGAUGAAGCCCUUGCUCGUCAUCUGGGAUAUUCACCUGACAGGGACGCCUCGCUGACGGAUACUACACCCAGCGCGUUUCUCCCACUCCCGGCGGCGGGAGCGCAAGCACACGCUUGUGUACCUGUUUUGGCCGGUAUGUCGCUCCACAGGCGUCUGGAGGCCGUCUCCCUAGGACCGCUCGACCUCUCGCGCAUGAAUCAGUCGCCGUCUGAUCCGUCUCUUCAAACAGAGGAGGGGCAAAUCCCGCCGCCUGACCGUAUCUUCACCAACGAGUUGCUAUCCUUGCCGGGGGAACAGUCUCGUUCCAUCUUCCCAUCGCUCACGACAGGCUCUCCUGAUCCCCUGCUUGUGCUUCCGCCUCUCUCCGACAGCCUGCGUCCUACCUUGAACCGUGCCAGCUCGAGCUCAAGUUCUGCGAGAGACGACUUCGUCGGCGCGUUCGGCUUCCUUGACGAGACACCUUGUGCACGGUCUUCUCCCGCAAUGGCCUUGCUGACGAGUAGGUCUCCCGAUGCCCUGCUCGAGAUCCCGCCUCCCCCGGAUAGCCUUCGUCCUCCCUUCACUCGCACUGAAUCAGGCUCCAGUCUAGCCAGAGACGACUUCGUCCGGGCGUUUAGCUUCCUUGACGAUACAACGGACACCACUAUCGCAGAUCCGCAUCCUUCGGCAGGUGACGGCAAGCCAUCGCUCCCCACCCCUCCCGCAACACCCGCCUUCAGGCUCGAGGCCGAUUCUUGUGACACGCUACUCUUCCCCUACACCAUCAACCCAGAGCAGAUGCUCGCGUCCACGAUACCGAUCCCCAGCCCGCCCAUCACGCCCAGCAACCGAGCCGCAGAGGCACCGAACCUAUCUCAGCCAGCCGAGUCCAGCAAUACAGAAGAGGAACUGGAGUGCCCCGAUGAAAUACGUGCGUUGAUGCGUGCGAAGUCGGAGGGUGUGACGGUGGUGCUGAUCGCCGAGCGUGAGUGGCUUGGGCUCCCUGCUGAUGCCGCGGGGAAGGAAUGGGGAUGCUCUAUGUUGGGCUACUUUGCGGUCUCUGAGUAUUCGCGCGGAGUCCUUUCACCUCCCCCCGAGGAGCAGAGACUAAACGCCAAAUGUAUCCGCUGGACGUUCAGGUUCGAAUGGGCUCCAGACGGUGAUACGAUAUUGCUCGCUGGGGACGAUGCGUAUGACGCCUUCUUCAAUGCUCCGCCGUCUUCUCCAUGGUGGAACACCGCGCUCCCCGUGGCCCCGCGUCUACCUCCUGAAGAACUGGAAGAGGGCGAGAUUGAGAUGCCCGACGAUGCGCAAGGGGGUAUUAUGGAUACGUACGAGUGCUCCGUCCUACAGGAUGUAGUCAGCCGUUCCGCGCUAGGAUACGGAGCUGCGGACGACCCGCCGAUGGCUGGGUGGUAUUGCCGAGCGUGCGGGAAGCUGAAUUUGACCCGCUGGCUAAGACACCAAGAGUGCGAUAACUGUCCCGUACCGGACGUCCCACAAUCAGGUUUCGCCGUCUGCGUGGACUCGAUCCGUACCCACAUCCGCGCGGGCGACACCACGAUAUACGACCGCUCUCUCAAGUGGCGGAAGAGGGCCCAUGCGGGCGGCGCCACGCUACAAACCAUCGAGUUCCCACUGCUCCCCGACGGACUUGUGAACGCCAAAGGCAAGGGGAAGGAGACGUUCGGAGUGCUGAAAUACCUCAACCUGAAUAAUAGGCGGGAGCUGCAGCGCGAAGCGUCCGAAGCGUUCCUGGGGGUACAGGCGGAUGCGAGGAUGGCGAAGUGGGUAGACGGCGCGCACGGGCGUCGGCUCGGAUAUCACAACGCGUGGCGGUACCUUGCAGGGCGCGGACAUGUCCCGCACGACGGCGAGGUCGUUACAAAUUGGAACGACGUCCCCGAGAGUAUUCAUACGUUGAAGUGUAUCAUGCUCGAUAGGUGCCGAGCGAGCGGCGAGCCGACAGCGCGAAUCGACCAGCUGAGCGUGCUCGUCUGGAUGGGCAGUGGGCGGCGCAGCGGAAUCAAGUUUCCGAAGAGGGACCGGCCGACUGUCAUCCUCUGCCUCGGGAAUGACUUGACGAUCGACGUCUUUCCUCAGGGCAGGGGACGGAACGCGAUUGCGGCCGCGGUGCAGGAAGAGCGCUCGGCAGGGCCCGAGUUGGCGACUGAAGUGCAGGCGGAUACGGCGGGCGAUACUGUGAACCUGUCGCAGAUGGAGAUAGUUCCUGAGAGAGAGCGCGAGAUGCGGCUGAUAGAGGGCAGCGAAGACGCUCUCAUGCCUCCUCCUCCAGCGCCUGCUGUUGUGCCUGCCACCGCCAGCCGUCCCGCUCCAGGAAAGAAGACUGCGCAAAAGAAGGAUCCGUCAGUGCUCGUCACGCUUGCUCACGGGGACGCGCUCGUAUUGGCUGGCUGCGACUUUGAGGACAUCUCGGAGGCAGCCAAUGAAUUGUGGCAGCCGCAGUGGACCAAUGCGAGUCCACAAGUCCCCGGGCCGGGCGUAGGGGACUAG